UGGAUGCAUUUCCAGUGUUCGCGGGUCUUAUGGGCAACACGCUUUUCUCUCCUUUUCUCAUUCGAUCCUAUCCAUCUAUUUUACAUGUCCACAAAACAUCACUCACUCUCUCUUCUCUCUUUCUUUUCUCUCUAAAACAAACCCAAAGUUUUGACCUUUCUCUGAAUUUUUCAGUGGGUGAUCAGUUUUGCUUUAAGUGAGUGAAAGAUAUAUAUUUGUGCAAAAAGAAGGUAAAAAAGAUGUCUACUUAUGUGGGUGUACUCGUUUCUGAUCCAUGGCUUCAAAGCCAGUUCACCCAAGUGGAGCUACGCACACUCAAAUCCAAUUAUGUCUCAUUAAGGACUCAGGCAGGUCGCGUUACAGUUGGGGAUUUGCCUCCAGUUUUUGCAAAAUUGAAGGGUUUUUCUGAGGUUUUUAAUGAGGAGGAAAUUAAAGCUAUAUUGGGGGAGUCUUACACAAAUGCAGGAGAAGAAUUUGAUUUUGAAACUUUUCUCCGGGCAUAUUUAAAUGUGCAAGUAAGAGUACCAGCAAAAUCAGGUGGAAGAAAACUGAAGUCUUCUUCUUCAUUUCUCAAAGCAUCCACAACCACUUUUCAACAUAACAUUAAUGAAUCUGAGAAGUCUUCCUAUGUUUCUCACAUUAACAAGCACUUGGGCAAGGAUCCAUUCUUGGAAAAAUAUCUUCCUAUAGAUCCAUCCACAAAUGCUUUAUUUGAUCUUGUGAAAGAUGGAGUUCUCCUUUGUAAGCUUAUCAAUGUGGCAGUUCCUGGGACUAUUGAUGAGCGAGCUAUUAACACAAAAAAAGCCCUCAACCCAUGGGAGAGAAACGAGAAUCACACCCUUUGCCUAAAUUCUGCAAAGGCUAUUGGCUGCACAGUUGUUAAUAUUGGAACACAGGACCUUGUUGAAGCUAGACCUCAUCUGGUACUUGGAUUGAUUUCCCAAAUUGUUAAGAUUCAAGUGUUAGCGGAUGUUAAUCUGAAGAAAACUCCUGAACUUUUGGAACUGGUGUCUGACAGCAAGGAUGCGGAGGAGCUUAUGAAUUUAGCACCUGAAAAAGUUCUACUGAAAUGGAUGAAUUUUCAUCUGAAAAAAGCUGGUUACAAGAAAACGGUUACAAAUUUUUCUUCUGAUGUGAAGGAUGGAGAGGCCUAUGUUUACUUGCUUAAUGCUCUUGCACCAGAACUCAGCAGCCCUAACACCUUGCAAGCUUCUAAUCCCGAGGAGAGAGCAAAAAUUGUUCUUGAGCAGGCAGAAAAACUUGAAUGUGAAAAAUAUGUCACUUCUCAAGACAUCGUUGAGGGUUCUGCGAAUCUUAAUCUUGCAUUUGUAGCACAAAUAUUCCAACACAGGAAUGGAUUGACAGGUGAUACUAAUAAGAUGGGCUUUGCUGAAAUGAUGGAGGAUGAUGAUCAAACUUCACGUGAAGAGAGAUGCUCCCGUUUGUGGAUUAACAGUCUGGGAAUUGUUACUUACGUUAAUAAUGUGUUUGAGGAUGUCAGAAAUGGAUGGGUUCUUUUAGAAGUGCUCGACAAAGUUGCACCUGGGUCUGUCAAUUGGAAACUGACAACUAAGCCUCCUAUAAUGAUGCCAUUUAGAAAAGUUGAGAAUUGCAACCAAGUAAUACAGAUAGGGAAGGAAUUGCAAUUCUCCCUCGUGAAUGUUGCUGGGAAUGACAUUGUCCAGGGAAAUAAGAAGCUUAUAGUUGCAUAUCUGUGGCAGCUAAUGAGGUUCACCAUGCUUCAACUCCUCAAAAACUUGAGAUCUCACUCCUCACAGUCCCAAGGUAAAGAAAUUACAGAUGCUGACAUUCUAAACUGGGCAAACAACAAAGUCAAGAAAGCAGGUAGAACAUCUGAAAUGGAGAGCUUCAAGGAUAAGAGCCUUUCAAAUGGAAUUUUCUUUCUUGACCUUCUCACUGCAGUGGAACCAAGGGUAGUUAAUUGGGGGGUUGUUACAAAGGGAGAAAGUGAUGAGGAUAAGAAGAUGAAUGCUACCUAUAUAAUCAGUGUUGCUCGGAAACUUGGAUGUUCCAUUUUCUUAUUACCUGAGGAUAUUAUGGAGGUAAACCCGAAGAUGAUGCUCAUUUUGACUGCAAGCAUAAUGUACUGGAGCUUGCAGCACCAUGCUGGAGAGUUGUAUCCAACUGUUGCUGAAGAAGCUGCAGCACCAUCAUCGACAGCUAUGGUUUGUGAUGUUUCUGGGGUGACUAUGGAUGAUGCUGCUUCAGACACCGAAGCGUCCUAGGCAGGCAAUAAAGAAGAUAGAAUGACCUCAAAUUCCUUGGUUUUAACUUUUAAAUGUUUUUUGAUAUCCUUGAUUCAUUUUCAAGAGAACAUAAAUGAAACUGGAAUCUGGUUACUGUUAACAGAUAAUUGCUUAAAAAAGCAUGCUUUGCUCAUAUUAUAGUCAUGUUUGGAACAAUAUGUACACAGUAACAUGUAAUCUUGACCAUCCAUUUAAAAUCCAGGUUGAGAUUUAUAUCAUGGUGAUAGUUAAGAAAA